AUGGACUUCUUUAAAGCGGUAUUGUUUCAGGACGAUGAGGAGGAAGAGACAACUCCUGAGACAGAAGAGGUUGAGGGUGACAAAAACGAAGGCGAAGGCGACAAGCCCUCAGAGGGAACUGCUGAAGAGGGCGAGAUUGAAGAGGAGGAGGAGACAGAGGAAGAGCAGCCUUCAGCCUUCGGUGCCUGGAAUCUCGGCAGUCUGCUACAAACAAUCGCCACCAAAUCGGAGGAGGUGUUGCGGGAGUACAAGCAGGAGCUGCAGGAGUUCGGUGAGGGGCUCAAGAAGGAGACGGAGGAGCUGGUGGAAACCACCGCCACCACCGUCAGCGACCUCCCUUCCUCACUCGAGUCCGGCGCCCAAGUGGCUCAGACCUCACUGGAGGGUGUGGGACACACAAUCGAGGAGUUCGGCUCGUCUCUAUGGAAAGGCACGACGGAGAUCCUGGCGUCAGUGAAAGAGGCGGUGGCCAUGGUGGAGGAGGAGGUGGCUGCCAACGCUGCCGGCGCCCGCCCCCGGGCACCCUCCGCUGCUGCUGGACUCGCCUCCGCCAUCCCCAGAGGCAAGUACAGCCGAUAUGAAGCACUGGUGAGCGCCAUGCAGAGGGACAGCAGCACAUACUGUGAUGAGCCAGAGGACACAGACGACUUUGGCAAGUGGAUUGAAUCGUUCGACCUCAAGAACAGGGAAGCGGACGUGGAGGCAGUGCUCAAGGACAAUGCGUUCAUGCAGGAGCUGCAGUCACGCAUCGUGCCAUUGAUUGUGGAGAGGGAGACCUUCUGGACGCGCUACUUCUACCGCCUCUACCGCCUGCAACAGGCCGAGGACGCCCGCGCCGACCUUGUCAAAAGGGCGACGACAUCAGAGGAGGAGGACCUGAGCUGGGAUGUGGAUGACGAUGCAGAUGACGCCCAGAGCAGCCCUGCUGCUGCCCACCAUGGCGCCACGGGGAAAAGCGAUGCUGCUGAUGUGGAUGCAGGGGCAGCUGCUGGGGUCGCUGCAGCUGAUGAUGCUGCUGCUGCUGGUGUUGGUGGUGCUGCUGAUGGCAAUGGCCCUGCUGCGUCCUCUCCAUCUGAGAAGCCCGAGGAGGCAACGGUUAAGGUCCCAGUGGAAGAAGAAGCAGCUGCUGGGACAGGGAGUGAGGCAAAGAGGAGUGGGGAAGCAAAAGAUGCAGGAGGAGAGGAGGGCGAGAAGGAGAGAGAGGCAUCGAGUCAAGCAGCGACAUCACCGCAACCAGAACCUAGUAACCGCAGCAGCAGCAGUGACAGCUCAGCAGGCAGCGAGUGGCAAGUGGUGUCUAAAGAUGAUGCUUCUAAGGAGGACGGUUUGAAGGCAUCACAACCCUCUGCUGCUGAACCUCCUACAGUAGCUGAGCCGGCUGCUGCUGCUCCUGAUUCGGAUGUGUCAGAUGCAGCUGUGGGUGCCCAGCCUGCUGCCGAGCCUACAGUUGCCAGCGAUUCAAAUACAACAAGUGUGGAGGACGUAGCGGGGAAGGAAGAAGAAAACGAUAAAAACAACGAGGCAAAGGAGAGGGGAGGGAAGGUCAAGAAAGAAGGUGGAGACGGAGUGGAGGAUGAGGAUUGGGGCGAAUGGGAGUGA